AUGGAGGCCCCACGAACGCUCGGCUCGCACUGCCUCGACAUGAAAUCAAAUGAUCAUGCAGCUUACGGCCGCUCCGACAUUCGUACAUAUCGAAGGUGUUCCGGGCAGAUGGAGGAUUCCUCUCCGCGACCGCCGGUUGUUGGCGCCAAUUCACACCCCCCUGGCGACGCACAGGAGAGGCGCAUCCGUUACGCCGAAAUCCCUGCCCAACGUGCCCAGUCUUGCACUGAGUCGCAGCGGGAUUUCGAUUCGAAAUCACAAUGGUGUUCCACGCCGCCCAAGACCUGGAUCGCGGAUCACGGAUGGGCAUGUGUGGCCAACGCCUCUUUGCCGAUCGUCCAGGCCUCGGUUUAUUACUGCGCAAGCAAUGAUUUGGCAGCAUUUGGUCGGGUAAUGCACACCAUUACAACACGAUACCAGACUAUGUCUUCACUUCAGAGGACAGCGCAGCAAUCGAAAUUACUAUGCAGGACAUGA